AUUAAUUAAUUAAUUAUAUUUCCAAAAUUAAAUUUUCGAAUAAUGGCUUCUUCUUCUUCGAUAAAAAAAUACAUUUUCUCGGCGAUAUUUCUAUUCAGCAUCUUCGUCGUACUUCCACUAAGCGAAGCACAGCUGUCUGCAACAUUCUACGACCGAACAUGCCCUACUGCGGUCACCAUUAUCCGAAACUCAAUUCGACAAGCAGUGUCACGUGAGAGGCGCAUGGCGGCCUCGCUCAUUCGGCUCCACUUCCACGACUGCUUCGUUCAGGGCUGCGAUGCUUCGAUCCUAUUGGACGAGACCCCCACCAUUCAGUCCGAGAAAACCGCUAUCCCUAAUGUGAACUCCGCCAGAGGGUACGAAGUGAUCGAAGCGGCCAAACUUCUCGUCGAGCGUGCAUGCCCCGGCGUCGUUUCUUGCGCCGACGUACUAACCCUAGCUGCACGAGAAGCCUCUGUUGCUGUUAGCGGUCCAUCGUGGACGGUGAGGCUAGGAAGAAGAGACUCGACAACAGCGAACCGCGCGCAGGCAAACUCCGAUCUACCGAGUCCGUUUGCCGGUCUGAACGGUCUCAUCUCGUCUUUCGCGAAUAAGGGACUCAACACAAGGGAAAUGGUUGCCCUAUCAGGAUCACACACACUAGGUCAAGCUCAAUGCUUCUUGUUCCGAGCGAGAGUAUACAGCAACGGCACCGACAUCGAUCCCAAUUUUGCCAGCGAGAGAAGACGCGGGUGCCCUCAAACGGGGGGUAACGCGAAUCUGGCCCCCCUCGAUUUGGUGACACCUAACUCGUUCGACAAUAAUUAUUUCAGAAAUAUUGUGCUGCGAAGGGGUCUUCUCCAAUCGGAUCAAAUACUUCUUACCGGUGCCACAACUAGCAUCGUCACGGAGUACAGCACAAACCCUAGAACUUUUUCGACUGAUUUCGCCAACGCAAUGAUUAAAAUGUCCGAGAUUUCGCCCCUCCUCGGAAGCGCUGGAAUCAUUAGAAGGGUUUGCAGCGCAAUCAACUAGAGAGUUCUAUCGAUUAUAUUAAUUAAUCGGUCGUAUUAAUAAAGCACAAAGUGCGCUGUUAAUGUUCGUUAAAUGUUUGUUUAAUUAUCGACGUCAUCAUCCUCGACCUCGAGUAUCGUACAUGUUGUGUGUGUGCGCGCGUGCGUGUUAUGUUAUUUUGUUUGGAAUAAUUAAUGUUAGUGCAAGUUGUUUGUAUUUAUUAUUGUUCAAUUAUUGUUGGAUCAUAAAUUAAGAAAUAAAACUAGAAGUGAAUUUGGGUUUGUUCCUCCAGUUGUUUAAUAUUGAAUAUAAACAUUUUAUUA